UCAUAUGAAGCCACCGUCUCUCCAAUUUGCCGUGUAAUUUGCAGCGUUAUUCCGAGUCUCACUGCGUUGUUCUUAAUCGACAUAACUACCCUGGAGUGUUUUCCCUAAAAAUGGGUCACAACAAGCCAAAGCGAUUCAGAAACAACCAGUCACAUCGAGGACAAUCUAGUCGCACCCGUGAACUUCCACGGGACGAUGUGGAGUCUCUCCCAACUGAACCAGCGACUGAAGAGGAGGCAAUGGUUCCCAAAAUUCAGCUUGCAAUGUGGGAUUUUGGGCAAUGCGAUGCAAAAAGGUGCACAGGACGCAAGCUUUCAAGAUUCGGUUUGUUGAAAGAGUUGCGUGUCAACAAUGGUUUUGGAGGCAUUGUGUUGAGUCCUGCUGGGAGUCAAUGUGUCUCAAAAGAAGAUUAUAUCCUAAUUAAGCGGAAAGGGUUAGCUGUUGUGGAUUGCUCAUGGGCACGCUUGGAUGAUGUACCUUUCACAAAGUUGCGUUGUGCUGCUCCUCGACUCUUACCAUGGUUGGUAGCGGCGAAUCCAGUCAACUACGGUCGACCAUGUCAGCUGUCUUGUGUUGAGGCAUUAUCUGCAGCAUUAAUAAUAUGUGGGGAGGAGGAAACAGCGAACUUGUUGCUAAGUAAGUUCAAGUGGGGUCAUGCUUUCUUGUCCCUGAACAGGGAAAUUCUGAAGGCAUACUCUGAAUGUGAAAACAGUGCUGAUAUGAUUUCAGUUCAGAAUGCUUGGCUAUCCCAACAAAGUCAAUCGGUUGCAAAGGUUCCUUCAGCUGCUGAAGGAGCAGACGUAGCAUCUCGAAGUGAAGAUGAGGGCUCUUGUGAUGAUUCUGAAGAUGGCCUUCCACCACUUGAAAAGAAUUUUAAUCAUUUAGACUUGGAGGAAAGUGACGAAGAAAGCGAGUAAAAAUGGUAUCCUAUGUGACAGGAAACAGGGAAAAGGACCAUCCCAACUCUUGCCUUGUUGCUACAAUGGAGCGAGAGAUGUUGCCCAAUGCACCUGAUAAGUGCCUCAGGGAUAAGCCAUGUUUGUGACAGUUGUCAAUAUGUACAAGUGGAUUUUAAUUUUUUUUUUUUUUUUUUUUGAACUUUUUGAGAAGUGUGUUUGCUAUAGGCAUUCUCUUAGAGCUAGUUAUAUGGGUUGCGAACUUGCUAUUACUAAAAUAUGACAGGAAGUUAAACUUUUUCUUCUCGAAUAGCUGGCUAUAUGAGCUGCUAGAUAAAUUUUGAUAAGUCUUGGUAUUUGACACAACAUUUAAAUUUGGCAUUGCAUAAUAGAAAUAGAAGAAAUAACAUUUUGCA